UCUGAUUGCAGUAAGAUGUCAUCAACAAGCAGUGAGCUACUGGCCAGUCGGGCCCAGGAGCCCCUGAUGAUGAGCAUGCACCUGCUGGCCAACCCUGGGGACUCACUCCUGCUGCAGCACACCCUGGACCGCCUCCUCCGCUGGGUGUGCCCCAGCCUGCGCCUCUUCCACGUCUCCGAGCGGGCCUGCCCCCUCCUCGACUACGCCCGCUCCCGCCUGUACCUCGUGGCCGGGUACCCCUCCCUGGCUGUGACCGUCUUCCUUCAUGAGGCCUACGGCGAGGAGCGCAUCCUCCGGGUGCUGGACUUCCUGCAGCGCCCCCCCUGGCAGUACCACCACACAGAGAGCUGCAGCGGGAGGACCGGGGGCAUCCACAUCACCUUCCCGGCCAACGCCCUGCUCCGGCCCUACCUCCUGCCCAGCCGAGACUUCUACAGCCUGGGCACGGGGAUGCCCGUGUGGGGGGUGCGCCCGGUGCACUGCGGCGGGGAGAUGCUGCGGGUGACGCUCUACAGCGGCUACAAUAUCUUUGACGACGCGGUGCGGCUCUACGAGACGGUGCUGCAGAGGUCGGCGGAGGAGCAGAAGCCGGGGUUCUGUUGGUUCACGCUCUACACGGAGCUGGGGCUGUGUCUACAGCUGGCUCUCAAACAGCUCUCCCCAGGGGUCAGGGUGGAGGCCUGCAACUCAGCCGUGCUGCAGUUCAGGGUGGAGGAGAUGGGUCAGCUCGUGCCCCUGCUGCCCAAUCCGUGCAUGCCCAUCAGCGCCACGCGGUGGCAGACCGAAGACCUGGACGGCAACAAGAUACUCUUCCAGGUGAAAGCCCCAGAGCAGCCUCAGCGACCCCUGACCUGUGCCUUCCCUCUGACCUGUCCCAGUGUCUCGCCCAGAGGGCUACUGACGAGUGUCGUGUCCACACCGACCCCAGCAGCCCAUGCCCUGCAGCCCUGCAGCCAGAUGAGCCCAGUGACCCAGCCGGGGAACAGGCCGCGCACCGACCCAGGCCUGGAUAGGCCUGCCUUACCCGGGGGUCUGCAGUGUGGGGGAGGGGGAGGGGGGAGAGCAUGGGCUCAGACAGCUGCUGCAGCACCCCUCCAGGCAGCUCCUGCUACUCGUCCCAGUGCAGCAGCCCCGCCACGCUAUCCGUCAACCACCCCCACGACUCCUCCCCUCUCUCAUGCGCCGACUCCCCGGCACGGCCCUCCAUGUCAACCUCCCAACUGCUGCUGGAGGAGGAGGAAGACCCGGAGACCAACGUGGACACGGGCGUCCCUGUGACGAUGACCCCGCGCUCGGACAUGGACUUCACCAUGACGACCAGCUCGAGGGACACUGCGCUCUGAGAGGCCAUCCGCUGUGGGGGCCUCUGCCCUGGCGAGGGAGCUGAGUGCCUGUCUACCGGAUGCUUGGGUUGUGAGCAGCCCUACCAAAGCUGCCAGCCCCGGGUGCAAGGCAGGGUCACCAGCCUGGGACAGCAGUGUUAUCAGCUGGGCAUCGCCGGGUCAGAGCUACUGUAGAGGGCCUGUGGGGCCACGGACUCCAGAUAAGCCAGCAGCAAAGGCUCUGUUGUCACCCACACACAAUACAGACCCAAUAGAUGAGUUCAUCUGACUCCUUUCUGCAGUGUGGUAGGCAGGGCAGUUGUAGGACAUUUUGUCACUAUCUAACAUAUUGUAACUUGAGGUUCCCUCCAGAGAGAAAGAGAGAGAGAGAUUGGGAAGCUCAUUGAAACCACGGAGACACAAGGGACCUAACUUCCUGGUGGUCAGACCAGUCUGGGUCUGUGUCCGAAAUGUCACACUAUUCCCUAUGUAGUGCUGGUGGGCUCUAGUCAAAAGUAGUGCACAAUAUAGGGAAUAGGGUGCCGUUUUGGACGCAAACUAGCUAGGCUAAGAUAGGGUUAAAGCCUAUAGUAAAUGAAACUGUUACGCCCAGGGAUUUCAGAUACACAAUUAUUGUAUAACUAACUAGGCUACUAUGCAUUUUAUUACCAGUGGAAGUAGAAAUGCAUACAAAUAUGUGCCGCAAGUGGGUAGAUAAAUGUGUGUGGUUGGUUAGUUCAUGUGGUUGUCUGUGCACUGUGAAAGCUGAUCUGUGUAGUAUCGGAGUGGAAGCGUAUCUAUCUGAGUGACAUAAAUCCUUACCCCAAGAAAGCACCGUCUAUCAGGUCUGACUCCUGGGUCAGAAGUUAGUAUUGUACAGUGUCAUUAGCCUAUUUUUCUAGGAUUAACACCAUUUUUUAUUUCAAAAAUGACUGUUGUAUCUUCUAAUACAAUACUAAACCAUAGGUUGUGUUGAGUAGACUUUGGCAAACCACUGUGUUGAUAGGACACUACAUAUUUUGAUAAUAAAAAUACUAUGGGAGCUGAUAAUUCAUUUAUUUUCUGGAAACUUUUUUGUGAAGCUGUUUGUUUCAAGGACUGGUUAGGCUACAUAUUUGGUAAUCUGUGUGUUCAAAGAUGGAUUGAAGACUAGAAUACAACAAAGGAUUAGAGAGAUAAGAGAUACUCCAUUAAUAAUGUAUAAAGUGUGUGCUGACAUUACCAUGGGCCUUGCAAUGCUGUCUAGAACCUAGGGCGAGACAAUGUUUACCAAUCUGAUCGUCUAGAGGCCGGUUUCUUAGAUAAGCCUGGACUAAAAAGCGCUUUCAGUGGAGAAUCUCCAUUGAGAGUGCCUUUUAGUCCAGGACUAACUGUAAUCUAUGUCUGGGAAACCGUCCCUUCAUGUAAUUAAUUUAAACAGGUGAGUUGUGAAAUAGGACAGUUUAAUCAUGUUUCUGAAACGUUUUAUGAACCAGGAAUAUGCAUCACUAAAGUCAUUGUAUUUUGUAUAUUAAAUUAUUUUUUAUUACUAUUCUGACUAAUUUGGGAAUAUACUGUCAUUUUGUUUCAGAUUGUUCUUAAGACAUUAUGAUAAUAUGUUGGUGAAUAUACACUACCGUUCAAACGUUUGGGGUCACUUAGAAAUGUCCUUGUUUUCGAAAGAAAAGCAA